AUGCGCCAGGUACUACAAAAAGAUAAAAGGGAUGUACAGCUUUCCAAAGCUUUAUCAUAUCUGCUUCGACAUACAGCGGUGAAAGAAAAGUUGACUAUUGACUCAAACGGUUAUACACCGCUGAAAGAACUAUUGUCUCAUAAUAGAUUGAAAACUCAUAAAUGUACGGUGGAUGAUAUCCAUCGCAUUGUUAAGGAAAAUGACAAACAACGCUUUCAUAUAAAAACGUUAGGAGCGGACGAAGAAUGGAUCUGUGCUACUCAGGGACAUUCAAUCAAAUCGAUUCAGCCAUCAGAUGAGGUUCUCGUACCAAUUACUGAAGCGUCGCAGUUACCACAGGAACUAAUUCAUGGAACAAAUCUUCAAUCUGUCAUAAAGAUUAUUGAAUCCGGAGCAAUAUCACCAAUGAGUAGAAAUCAUGUCCAUUUAUCGCCGGGGAUGUUGCACGCGAAGGGAGUUAUUAGUGGAAUGCGUUCUUCAAGUAACGUCUAUAUUUUCAUCGACUGCCAUUCUCCAUUAUUCUUUCAAACUUUGAAAAUGUUCAGGUCGCUCAAUAAUGUUUACUUAAGCAGCAGUAUUCCCGUUGAAUUGAUCCAAAAAGUUGUAGUUAAAGGAAACUUGAAAGAUGAGGAGAAGUUAGAUACUUUAAGAAGAAUUUUACACGAAAGAAACAUACCGCUCGAAAAGAUAUAA